GGAAUGUUUCUGUUUUGUCAUGAUGGUGUUGUUUAGUGAGUUCCUGAAGUGGGUGUUAGUAUUGUGGGUGUCCAUGCCCACAGGAAUUUUAGCCCAUUUUAGUGUAUCUUAUUCUUGUUUUCCUGAUUAUGUGGAGAUUAAUUUUAGGAAUGUUUCUGGAUGGAAGUUUAGUCUGUUGAACCAAGCUGAUCUAGCAAUUCCCCUUUCGAGUACAUCUCCAGGUUGUGGUCUGACUACACAUGUGAAAAGCCAUGGCUGGCUGGUGGUCUUGGCAAAGUAUGAUAGCUGCUAUAUAUAUGAGAAGGUCCCUCAAGCAGUCACUCUAGUGUUUGAAGCACAAUCUAUACUUGAUUUAAGGAAAAGUAGAAAAGUAACUGUGGAAUGUAAAGAGAACCAAUAUUUAAUAGCAGAUUCUGCUCCCUCUCCCAAAAAAUUGAGAAAUGCAGAGAGGACUGCUAUGCAAGUUAACCAGAUGUGCCUGAUCCCUUCUGACAGGCUUGUAAUAUGUGGGACUAUUGGCAUUACAGAGACUGAAUGUCUCCAAGCAGGUUGUUGCUUCAACUCCCUUAACCCGCAGAUGCCAUGUUAUUAUGGAAACACAGGUUGUACAGAUGAUGGCUUCUUCAUCAUUGUCCUUCAGAAGGAGGUGACCCAGCCAGCAAUGGACCUAUCUAGUGUGACCCUGGCAGGCUCCACCAGCUCCCAGUGUGAUCCAAUUUUCUUGUCUCCUGACUUGAUGAUCUACAAGUUCCCCCUUACAGACUGUGGCACUGUGAAACAGGGAGAUCUCUCUGAUGUGACUUAUGAAGCUAACCUACAGGCAACUAGAAAUGUACAGGUGGGACCAAGAGGAACCAUCACCAGGGACAGUGAGUUUAGAAUGACAGUAACAUGCAGAUAUAAUAGAACCAAAGCUCUUGAUCUCCAGAUAUCUGUAUUCACUGUGGCUCCUCCUCUCCCAGCAACCAAUGAUGGCCCAUUGAGACUGGAGCUGAGAAUUGCUACAGAUGCUGACUACAGAACGUGGUACUCUGAGAGAGACUACCCUAUUGUGAAGGUCUUGAGAGAGCCUGUGUAUGUAGAAGUUCGAAGCUUGGGUCGAACUGAUCCUUCCAUUGAAUUAGUGUUGGAAGAAUGCUGGGCAACUCCACAUGUGAACCCAAGUGAUAUGACCUUUUGGAACCUUCUUGUGUCAAGGUGCCCUUAUGCAGGUGACAGCUAUAAGACCACUUUACAUGAGGUAAAUGCCAACUCUGGCCUUCAAUUUCCCACCCAUCAUAAGAGGUUUGAAAUAAAGACCUUUGUCUUUCUGGAUUCAAGUGCAUCUCCCCUGAGUGAAACAGUGUACGUUCACUGCAGUGCUGCCAUAUGCCAUCCAGCUGAAGAAAUCUGCACCAGGAAGUGCCCACAAAGAAAGAAAAGGAAUGUGGUGUCCAUAACCAAUGAGAAGGCUUUGGUUUCUUCAGGUCCCCUUGUCUUUAAAAGGUCUGAGCAGAAGUCAGACAUGCCUGCAAGUAAUUAUCAGCUGGCAAUGUUUACCUCCUCUGGAACAAGAGGCAAUUCCAUCUCUCCUGAUAAGUUGCAUCUUGAACUCAUGAUUACAUCAGCCCUGCUUGUAGUAGCUUCAGCAUUUGCUGUUGGACUCUGCAUUUUGGCUGCUGUUUCUCUUGCACAUAACAGGAAGCUUGUCCAGUGAAAGUUGGAACAUGUAACAAAAUUGAUAUUAAAUGGUUGUGUAAA